GCGCCGCUGCGCGGGGCGGCGGGCCGUGGUGGGGACGGCGGGCCUGCCCGCGCCAUGUCCGCGGAGACGCGGCCGAGUCCCGGCCGAGGCGGCGAGCAGAUGAGAUCAAAAGAGGGUGAGGAAAAAUUAGACAAGAAAAGGCAUGGUGGAGAGGACUCUUCUCUCAGAAUUUUGAACAGAACUUCGUUCCAGACUUCAGCAUGCAGCAGAGAUUCCAUGAAGCCAGACAGGUUCAAUAAAACUACAAACAAGAAAUCAACUCAAACUCCAAAAACAGAGUCUCUUCCUGUACACACAUUUGAAGCUACCGUUUUGGAUUUCCGCAAGUCACAGAGUUUGGAAAGCAGUGAAAUAUUGAAUGUACAGCAUAAAAGUGGACCAUCGGGAAGUGCCAUUACGUGCCUUAAUCAACCACAGAUGUCCCUUUUGUUGAACACAGAGGAAGAUACUUCUGUGGAAAGCAAAGCUUCAUCAACAACUUUAGAUGAAACAGUAGCCAGCUUAAUUCCCUCUUCAUUUGAUGGUAGGGAUGGAUCUACUCAGCCACAUGUGUCUUGGGCCACGGUACUUUCACAGCCCCCAAAGAAAACUGUGUCAUCACCAGCAUCUGAAGGUCUUCCCAGAGGCAAAGGGAAGCAGGACAGUAAAGCAAAGCAGUUGGAAACUAAAAAUGACGCUAGUGAAACUGAGCCUGAAGAAGGGUCAGAAAAGAAGAAAAAAAAGAAGAAAAAGAAGAGAAAAACAAAGUCACCCACUGAUGAAGACAAACCUCAAAAUGAAUCUACUACAAUACAGGAACCACCAAGGAUUGAGGAUGCUGAGGAGUUUCCUGAUCUGGCAGCCGCUUCUGAUAGGAGGAACAGACUAGGAUCUCAGAAAUCAUCAUUUACUCCUGCUGUCAGAAAGCAGACUGAAAUCCGUCUCCCCAAAGAGCCUUUGGAUAGUCGGUCUUGCCCAGUGGAUGGAACUUCCAAGGUGGAUGGACUGUUAGGGAAACAAACUUCAUCUUCUAUAUUAGACAGAAAGAAAAUGCAGGAAACAUCCAGGAGCACUGGUAAGAAGAGUCAAAUUCCCGUGCAAUUGGAUUUGGGUGGCAUGCUGGCAGUCUUGGAGCAGAAGCAGCAAACAGAGAAGUCAAAACAGUCUUCUAAACCUGUGGUGUUUUCAGUUGGUGGUGCCAUACCAUUGCUUUCUAAAGAACCUGCUACAGCCACAAAAAGUCACCGGAUAAACCAAGGAAAGAUGCCUCAUAACCCUUUGGAUUCCAGCGCUCCUUUGAUAAAGAAAGGGAAACAGAGAGAAGUCCCUAAAGCAAAGAGACCAACACGUCUUAAAAAGAUUAUUCUGAAAGAAAGAGAACAACGAAAACAGCAACACUUGUUAGAACAGACCACAGUACCAAAAGAUGAAGAUAAUAUUUGUCAGUCUGCAGAAAAUAUUACUGAAGAUGAAAUGCUUCUACAGCAAGGUCAAGCAGCUGUUCCUGUAACACAAGUUGCUGAAGGGUUUCUGGAAAAUACAGGGACCAAGGAAUCUACAGAAGGUUCUAUGAAUUCAAAGCAGCUAACCUCCAAUCUUCCAAAAAUCCAUAGUAGGAAGUUUAGAGAUUAUUGCAGCCAGGUACUUAGUAAAGAAGUUGACAGUUGUGUGACAGAUCUCUUAAAAGAACUGGUUCGUUUCCAAGAUCGCUUGUAUCAGAAGGACCCAGUAAAGGCCAAGAUAAAACGCAGACUUGUUAUGGGUCUUAGAGAAGUUUUGAAACAUCUGAAGCUGAAAAAACUGAAGUGCGUUAUCAUCUCUCCUAACUGUGAAAAGAUUAAGUCAAAGGGUGGGUUGGAUGAGACUCUGCACAACAUUAUCGACUGCGCCUGUGAACAAAAUAUCCCCUUUGUUUUUGCCCUUAAUCGCAAGACCCUCGGCCGCUGUGUGAACAAAGCAGUGCCUGUGAGUGUGGUGGGGAUUUUUAGCUAUGAUGGUGCUCAGGACCAUUUUCAUAGAAUGGUGCAACUGACAACAGAAGCCAGGAAGGCCUACAAAGAUAUGAUAGCAGCUUUAGAGGAAGAAGCUGAAGGAGGACUAAAAGAAGCCAAACCCAACACCUUAACCACUGAAUAUGAAAAAAAUGGCUUAUCAGAAACUGGUAAAACAUCUUCCAAGGACUCUGAUGAGGAUGUACCAAAUUAUAUUAAAAUCUGGAAGAGAAAACUUGAAGAAGAGUAUAACCCAUAUGCACUGGAACUGGAAAAGAGUGCAACUGCUGACAUGGCGAUAGUGAAUUCAGAAGAGCAUCAGUAAAUAGAGACCUGUUGGGCUUUUAAUAUGAUUCCCUAGGAAGAGGGUAGCAAAAUUUAAAAAAUUAAGAAAUAUAUGUUCUGAAUCCCUUUAAGUAAAAAACACACUGGAGCACAUGAGCCACUGGCUAAUGCUUUUACAUUCUAUGUAUUUUGUUGAUUACUAUAGUAAAUGACAACAGCAAAUUGUCUUACCCCCAUACCGCUUAAAUUAGCUUGGCAUACUUUAAUGGUUUUAAGGACUAGCAUUGAUUUGUUAGUGAUACAAUAUCCCAAAAGAACUUUCUAGAAAGAUAAAUUUAUUUUGGAAGAGAUUCCAUGAGCCAGAAGAUUGGGGCUUACAGAGAGUAGCUUUUUAUUUUUAACUCUUGUUUAAAGAACUUCAGCUUUUGUUUGAUUGUGGGUUUGAUUUUGUUUUUUUCUUCUAAAGAAACCCACUUAGGUGGGCAGGCUGGCAUCAAUGUCCCUUUCUUCCAGUCAGCAAGAAAUUAAUUCUGGGCAGGAAACUUGAUUGAAACUGUUAAUGGAAGGCCUGGAUGACAGAGUUUCCCAAUUAGCUCUUCUGUCUGGGAUCAUACAGCUGCUGUAAUGGAGAGAGCAUUGACUACAAAGGUCUCAAAUUCCUGAUGUGAAAACACUUUGUUUAGAAGUUUUACAAAGUUGAUUAAGUGUACAGUGAUGAUGUUUCUGCUGCUGCUGAGACUAGUUUAUCAUAGGUCCUUGAAGAACAGAAACUGUGCCAUCCUGCUAUCCUAUCUGUACCUUCUCUUUGCUGACAGGCUCCUCAUUCCUUCACUCUGAGGUUGUGUUGGUGUAUAUAUGUAAGAGUUCUUGGUCAGUCUCAGUUUGUAUCUAAGGGAAAACACAGGAGAUAAAAUUUUAAAAAUAAAAUGUGCUUAUAAUGGUGGUGGAGCAUCUUAGUGGAAAUGUCCUAUGUAAAUACCAUUAUUCACACAAGUUGCAGGCAUAAGAGGACAAGCCUAAAGAAGGUAAUUGGAAGAUGCACAUGGAACAUCUGUCAGCUGUUCUGAAAGAUGAUAUAGAUGCUAUGUGAUGCUGCCAGCAUCUCUGAAAUGUGACUGUAAGUGCUUCACCACAGUGAACAUCUGUAGAGCAAUACUUUGGAAAGUAGCUACCUGGUGAAGUUAGUAGUUAUAUAAAAACUUUAAAUAAUUUUGAAAUUUCAAAAAAUUGUAGAAUGUAAAUUGUUUAAAAUCUGUUACAAUAUAUUGAUUCUAAGACGUGUGGCUGUGACUCAAGUCUUCUUGGGGGCACUUAAUGAUGAAUACUUGAAAUGUCAAUUUUGAGGAAGAACGUUGGUAAGGGAGGCCAGCCUUAAGCUGAAAUGCACAGUUGGUCACAAGUUAUAAUGAUGAUCUUUCUGUAUUAGUUUCUUCUAAUCUUAAGUGAAAAUUGAGGUUAAAAGAUCCCAGUGAUGAAAGAAUGGUUUCAGCUAGCAGAUAUCCUUGAUCCAGAGGUAAGUUCUGCUUUAUUUAUACCACUUUGAUACACAUCUAAAAUUCUAAAACUGCUAAACCUAGUCACUAUAUGGAAUGGGGACCAGUUGGUGAAGAUCAUAGUGACAGUUUUUUGGGGUUUGGGUCAUAUUUUCUAUUUUGUCUUAUAGAAGAGCAUGAAAAGUUACUUUGGAGCCAUUAUAGUCUGUUCAAAGUCUUAGGGAGUUAUUUCCUGUUCUAAGAAUACAGCAAAAAAAAAAAAUCACUUAUAAGGGGUCAUAGCUGUAUUCCCUAAUUCUGUUAUACAGGUGUUUUUUUCACAGAGUUAUCUAAACAAAAAAUCUGGCAAUCUUUUUGUACUAGCAGUACUUUGCUUCAAAGACAAGGCAAAGCUCAUCUAUGCUCAUCUAAAACACAGACCUUAAUCUUAUAAAGCCUUGCCUUCCCACCCAGCACCGCAGAACUAAACUUAACUCUAAAUCUGGUGAACAAAUACAGCAGGGACGAUUCAAGAAGAGUCUUUUUAUAAGUUGUCCCCUAGCCAUAAAAGUUGUCAUAAGAGAAACACAACGGGGAAAAAAAUUCUUUUGAACAUUGGUGCAGAAGACUAUAUAUAUAUAUAUAGUCUAUGUGGAAAUCUGUAUAGAAUACUAUAUAUAUUAUGAUUUUCAAU